GGUUGAUGCCAAUGCAAUUGCGAUCGAACCAAAGGGAAGAGAUCGGGAAAGAGAGAAGGAGAUAGAGAAAGAGAAAGUUGGUGUUGCUGGAGGAGGUGCCGCUGCGAUGUCUAAGAAUCGUUGGCAUUUCCACAACUACUUGGUCCCCGACAAGCACAAACCCAAACCCUAUUUCUUCCUAGCCAUGGCCUUAGCCUUGGUGGUCCUGAUAGGCACAGCCCUCCUCAUUUCCGCCCUCAUCGGAACAAUCUCUCUUCAUAACUCCAUCCUCUGCUCCCUCACCAACACCGGUGGCCCCGCCCUCAACAGCAUCGAUACCCAUUACCUGACAACCCCAACACAGCUCUUGGCGGUGCUCCACUACGCCACAUCUAAGGUGGUCCCACAGCAAUCGGUGGAAGAGAUCAAGGUAACCUUUCAAGUGCUACGUUCACUCUCCCCCUGCAACUUUCUCGUCUUCGGGCUAGGCCGUGACUCCCUCAUGUGGUCCGCUUUCAACCCACGUGGCACCACACUAUUCCUGGAAGAAGAUCCUAAGUGGGUCCAGACCGUCCUUAAGGAUUUCCCAACCCUCCAUGCCCACACCGUCCGGUACCGUACCCAGCUUUCUCAAGCCGACCAACUCCUCAAAUCCUCCCGCUCCGAACCCUAUUGCCACCCAAACAAAACCUAUCUCAGGGAGAACUACAGGUGCAGGUUAGCGCUGACGGGUCUACCCGAGGAGGUGUACGAGACGGAAUGGGAUUUGAUCAUGAUCGAUGCACCUAGGGGUUAUUACCCUGAGGCACCUGGUCGGAUGGGAGCGAUCUUCUCGGCGGCAGUGAUGUCAAGGUCUCGGGUCGGAUCAGGGGUGACCCAUGUAUUCCUCCACGACGUGGAUAGGAAAGUGGAGAAGGCUUUUGCCCAUGAGUUCCUCUGCAAGAAGUAUCUGGUAAACCGUGUUGGGAAGCUUUGGCAUUUUGAGAUUCCUCCGGCCAAUAAAAUUAAUAAUUCCAGCACCGACAACUUUUGCUAGAUCGAUGAGCCGGAGGAGGAUUCCAAAGCUAGAGAGAGAGAGAGGGGAUUGGACUCUUCUUGGUUUUCCAUUUUAAGUGACUCGGCCUAGUGUCUAGUGUCUAGUGUCUAGUGCCAGUAGUGGGAUAGUUUCCUUUCUUCUCUCAGAUAAAUAAUAUAAGAUAAGAUAUCCCAUACUACUUUGCCUUCAA